AUGGCUGAACAGGCAGUGGCGCCCGAAUCAUUUGUGUUGAAAUCUGGCAUCUUUAAAAAAUGGAACCGUGUUUCGGUCGCCACAUUUUUUUCUCUCCUCAAUGCUUUUUGCAGUGGACAUCAAGGAAGGGGGGAUUAUACGUCGGUGAAACAUCUAACGAUACGCAGUGACGUACUCAUCCCGAAAGGGAAGAGGUCCCGGAAGUCCUCUUACAGCACUAUUCACCGUCGGCAUGUGAGAAAAGGGGGUCCCACUAAAAUAACGAGAGGAAGGGCAAGAGAAGAUGCUAAAACUUCCGUUUCCAGCAUUAUCUUUCCCUCUUCUACCACCUCCUCAUUUCACACUCUCCAUAAAAAUAAACUCUUUCCUUCGUUAAACCGUUUAUGA